AUGCCUGGCGGGUCCAAGAACAAGAGAGUGACCACAGCCGACGGGGAGGACCGCCUCGGCGCCCUCCCGGACGAGAUCCUCCAGCACGUGCUGUCGUUCCUGCCCUCGUGCCAGGCCGUGCGGACGUGCGUGCUCGCCCAGCGCUGGCGCGACCAGUGGAAGUCCGUGCCCGCCCUGCGCCUCCAUCAAGACCACUUCGCGACCGACCAGCACCUAUCAGAGUUUGCCAACCAGCUCCUCCUCUUCCGUGGCCGUGCUCCUGUACAUCUGUGCGACAUCGUUGCCACCGAAGGUGACAUCUGGCGGUGGAUCCGGUACGCUCUAUCACGCCAAGCUCGCGUGCUCCGAGUCGAUCUCCUCGACGUAAUCGAGCCCUGGCAGCUGUCCGAUAGGAAUUUCAUCUCCCAGCAGUUGGUUAGGCUACAACUUGCUGCUGUGGAACUGAGGCCACGCUCCCUUGAUUUCUCGAGCUGUCCCAAGUUGGAGGUGGUAAACAUCAACGAUUGCACAAUCAACGCGAAGAAGAUCGUGUCCCGAUCAUUAACACAUUUGAGCAUCACUGGCUGCACUUUCGAUAUAAAGUCCCGCACUCGGAUUUCUGCCCCGGGUCUAAUUUCGUUGGAACUUGAUGACUUUCUUGGCUGGACUCCUGUGCUUGAGCGCGUGCCAUCGUUGGUGACAGCAUUUGUCAGGCUUGGUGAAUUCUGCGACGAUCAUUGCUUUGAAAGUUAUUAUGGGAAUUGCGGUGGCUUUUCUGGUCGAUGCAAGUGUGACGAAUCACUUCACAGCGAUCACCCUGUGCUCCUUGCUGCUUUGUCACAGGCCACAGAUUUAAAGUUGGUAUCUCGUCCUCAAGUGUUCAUUUUCAGAAAGGAUUUGAAGAGAAGACCAUCCUUUACCAAGCUAAAAAUAUUGUUGCUCAAUGAAUGGUGUGUGGCUGCUAACUUCGCUGCACUGGUUUACUUUCUCCAACACUCACCAAUUCUGGAAAAGCUUACUAUUGAAUUGGACAAGACACCAACAUCUGUGUUUGAAACAGAUGGACACUGCAACCCUGGCCAACAACCCAUAGCAUCUAAACGCCUUCAGGUGGUUCAAGUAAAAUAUCACAAGGACAGGGUGCUUGCGCUCAAGAAAAUUUGGAAGAUUCUAAUUACUGGUGGAGUACCUUCUGAGAAAGUUGUCAUUGAGCGAAUCAUCUCGUGGACUUCCGGAAGUUUCAGUUUCCAGCGGAGGGCAGAGUAG